AUGCCCGGCCAUGCCGCGGGCUAUGUGGUUGCCAGCCUGUUGAUCGCUCUCACGCUGCCGCUCGCGGCGGCUAUACCAUGGCCAGCCUGCAACAGCAGCACCGGGAACUACACGGCCAACAGCGCCUAUGGUGGCAACCUCCGCCUGGUCGCUGCGGCCCUGCCCGGCAACGUCUCCUCAUCGGCCACUCUCUUCGCCACCGCCACAACCGGGACGGCACCGAACACGGUCUUCGAGCAGGCGCAGAAGAUGUGCCCCGACAACAAGCGCGUGGCCAUCUUCUACGACACGUGCCUCCUCGGCUUCUCCGACCAGGACUUCCUCACCUCCACGACCAACUCGGACGACCAGGAGGUGUUUCUCUACAACGGCCAGUAUGUCACCUCCAACGUCGCCCAGUUCUACGCGACCACCUACGAGCUUCUCAGCAGCAUGGUCGCCUACAUUGGUACCAUGGAUAACUCGUCCAACAGGUUCCUCACGGGAUCCAUUGCAUUCGACGCGGCCUACCCGUUUAUCUACGGUUUGACGUCCUGCAACCCCGACCUGACGCCCGGGCAGUGCCGCGGGUGCCUUGACACGGCGAUUGCUGAGAUGCCACAACAGUUCAUCCCCAGUACCAAGGGCGCCAGGAUUGCUGGGCUGCGGUGCAUCGUGCGGUAUGAGGUGUACCGUUUCUUCAAUGGUUCCACCAUGCUGCAACUGCCACUACCAGGACCAGCAGCCAUCCAGGAUGAUGGUAUGUGUUUCUUGUCUUCUAUGCUUUUGGGCUGA